AUGUGAUAACGGCUCUCGUUUUCCGGCCACGCGAGGAUGAAGUAAGAUUCAUUCAUUAAUUCGUUUAUGUUUGACUGGGGACCAGGUUUUUCUAACUUAUAUUUAACAUUAGAGUGCGACAGUAUGUAUGUGUCAAACCUGAAUAUUUAAGUAAAAUAUGCCUUUUAUACCACAUGCGUUAGCUCUUUCUGUUUGUUUUAAAUUUUCCCCAAAAAAAAGUUGUAAAAAAUGGUAAGUUUGUUUGGAAUUGAAGUUUCAAACAACCUGGUUUAUGUGGUCCUGUUCGUGGUGUUUGUAUUCACGCUUGUUUCAAGCCAGAAUGUAUGGGACAAAGUCCUCCAAGUAUUGUUCAUAACAAUAGGAAUGCUGAUGCUAUGUUUUCCAUCAUGUUGUCACACCAUUGUACAACACUCUGACACUGAUCCAACCCAAGUCCAUACAUACCUCGUGAUGGCAAGUGGAGCAACGUUGUUAUGUUAUGCAACUCCCUUGUUAUUGGUUGGCUGUACAAACACACAUGUUAAAAACUCACUUUCAUUCAGCAGAGUUUUGGGAUUUGGGACAACGGGAAUGGUAUUCGUGCAUGCAGCUGUGAUGGAUCAAUUCAAAAACCCAGGGUUCCCCAUAAUGGCUUGCCUCAUUGGUGUUCUACUGUUCGGUGAAGUGUUGCACAUGUCAAAGUUCACAGAACAAGCUUAUGUACCUGGGAGAACUAAAGUCGCAUGCCUGAUGAUUUGUGCAUCACUGGGGUUUCUGUUCGGAGCUUUCCUCUUUGCUUUCCCCGAUCUUUAUUUAUCAUUCAGUAUUAGUUCAGAAGUAGAUGAUGCUCUCUUGUUUUACACCCGCUUGUUUGGUAGUCUCUCUGGUGGGAUAUCCAUAUCUUGUGCGUGUGCUGUUUAUUUCAAUGGAAACGAUCAGAAUUCUGUUAUUGCUGCCACUAUCAUUACACAAGCUGCAUACGUCUUGCUUGCAAUUUACCAUCAUACUCAGUUCAGUGUGUUUCAAACUACUGGUCAUAUUGUUGACACUACAGUUCAUGCUUUUAUGUUGGUUAAUCUUGUGUUUGGUUAUAUGGGAGAUGGCAGUCAAAAACAAGAGUGAUUUUAUUCUUCUUGAAUAUUUGUAAUAUAUGUUUAACCAGUUAGGUUUAUUGCAAACAUGACAGACAAAAUAUAUACAUCAGAUUUUCAUCUCAAAUGUUCGUAAAUAACAAUUGCAUUAAAAAUAUGGAAUGUCACGUUUGUAAUAAAACUAACCACAACGUCUUGUUUUGCAUCUAUUCACCAAACAGUGUGUUUCUUAUACUUACAACUUUUCUUGCCAGUAUUUAAUAAGUAUUUCACAACCGUAAGUAAACAUUAUAUU